UAUAAUUCGUGUAAUAAAAAAACAAGAACCCGAUGCACACAAGAGGGGGUUCUUCUCAGCCUCUCUUUCUCUCUCUCUCUCUAAUGGAACAAAUCUUGUCCAGGGCUUCUUGUUGAUUUCGUAUGCCAUGGUCAAGACUCGGUGAUGGUUUUGGUUCUGUAGAUUUCGAACGUUUUGCUAUCUUGAUAUUUUGGAGAAAUCUGGAAGAGCAUAUAAAAGCUGAGACCUUUUUGUUCUUGUGUCUGGUUCACAGAUGAAGAGAAGUUUUGUUUGGUUCUUCAUGUGUGUGAACUUGUGAAUAAUACAUCUCGAGAAGAAAAAGAAUGGAGAAAGAAGCAGUGUUUGAUGAUAUCAAGUUAAGUGAGGAUGAGAUAUACUACCCUGAUGAGCCUUACUGCUCUGAGAAGAACGAAGAAGGCGAGGGCGGGAGUAAUGUAGUUUUUUCAAGAGAGGCGCCUCUGAUAGGAAAGGAUCCAGCUGGGACUAGUCCAGGCGAAUGCUGUGGCUGUAGCGCAAAGAAACUAAACUUCAAAGCCAGCGAGGAUCUCAUCGACAAGGAAAAUAAUUCUCAGCAGAAAAAGCUUAGUAGACAGGAAAGAAUCGAACUGGGGCGAGUCUUCCAAGGCGCUGUGACCUCAAUGGACUGGGAACGUGCAGAGAGGUUGAUUCAGUUAGCUGAUCCGCUGACUUUGAAUGAUUUUCUGUGCGUUGGUCUAGAUUCUGUUUGGUUCUUGACUACAAAGCAAGAGUUUCAGGGGAUUACCGGAUUGAUUAAGAAGAUCGUAUGUCAUGGUGCUCAUGACUUUACAAGAGCUACUCUUAGGACUUCGUUUCUAGCUUCAUGUGUCUCUGCUUGCCAUAGCCGGACGAUGAGUCUUGCUGAUAGUGUUACUGUAAUGGCUCAAAGGUUGCAGGAGCGUCUCCAAGAGUGUAACGGGGACGAGAUCCUGAAAGCAGAAGCUGGUGCAAAAGUUCAGAAGUUCACUGAAUGGGCUCUCAAAUGUAUAGGUUUCCACUCCAGAUGCCAAAGAGCAAGGGAUAGAGUUAGCCAUAGUUCACCUACUGAGAUUGAACUACAGCUUUCUGCUUUCAAGAUGUUUCUAGAACUAGCAGGGAACCAUCUCUCAGGAAGAGAUUUCACUGAGGCCUUCGAUGCAGCUUGUUUCCCUCUCACUUUGUUUUCCAACUCGUUUGAUCCUGGUUGGGCGUCUGGAAUAUCAUCUACCGUCAUACAAGGACUCCUCGGUAUGCUUGUUGAAGGUGGUGCAGAUAACGUGAAUCAAUGUUUCCUUGAAGCUUCACGUUUUGGUAGUACAGAACUUGUCCGCGUCUUGUUGCAUAUUGCUCAAAGGAACAGCUUAGAUGUGGAUGUGGACUUAGCUCUUGGUUUCGCCUCGCAUUACUGUAAACUCGGGACAAUGAAGUGUUUAGUGGAAGAAGGCAACGCCAUUGCCUUCUUAGGUCCUCUGAUGAGAGCGGCAGAGAGAGGCUGUAUGCAAGUUGUUCAGUGGUUUGUGAAAAGAGGUUGUCGCGACAUGGAGCUUUGUCUUGCUCUAACAGCCGCCACUUCGAGUAGCCAAGUAGAGGUCGCUGCUUAUCUCCUCCCUUUUGUUCCGUCACCUGUCUUAACAGCUCUAAGCAUCGAAAUCCUCAAAGCGGCUGGAGAAAGAAGCGGAGGGUCUCUCCAAGGAGUGGAGUUUCUCCUCAAAUCAGACUUCUUGGGAGAUCCAACGGCUACAUACUCAGUUGCAGACAGCAUAGCGAGGUCGUCAGAUGAUGAAUCCGUUCCUUCUGAUCUGAAGUCGUUUCUCAGAGAGCAUUGGUCGGAAUCAGCUUUUGAGAAAGGAAUGAGAGAGAGCCAUGAGGACUUCAUGAAUUUUAUGAGGGUGUUGAAGAGAGGAGAAUGUGCUAUCUCGUUAAGAGACCUUCCUGCGCCGCUAAGAGUAGCGAUUGCAUACAUGCCGCUGUAUAGAGAGUGUGUGAAUGCGGGUGGGCGGUUGCUGUCUCAGAGGCUGAGAGGACAGCUCGUUGAAGCUGUGAGACAGCUCCAAGGAUGUGAUGUUCCUGUUGUGGAAGUAGGCGAGACUCCUCGCCUUAUGGCGGUUUUGGAGCAUCACCUUACUGCUAUUUUCUGUUAAACCAUGAAAGAAGCAAGGAGACAGAGUUAACACAAGCCUCUCAGCAAAAUGGAUCUGCUUUGGACACAUUUACUAUGGAUAGUUGGAAAAAAUAAGAAUGGAGAGAAAUAAAAGAGUGUGAAUUGAGGAAUGGGGUUUGAUAUGAUGCAUGUUUUUUGUAUAUUUUUGUUCUUCCUAUAUAUAUUUCAUAACUUGAUGUAAUUUCUAACUUACGUUUGUAUCAUGAGAUCGUAUUAAUUUGAUGUUAUGGGCAUUCUCAGUUAUAAUCA